AAGAAGAAGAAGAAAACAUGGCUGCUUGGCUUGUGGGUCUCAACACCCUCAAGAUUCAACCUUUCAAGCUCCCUCCGCUCGGACCCCAUGAUGUCAGAGUUAGGAUGAAGGCUGUUGGCAUCUGUGGAAGUGAUGUUCACUACCUAAAGACAAUGAGAUGUGCGGAUUUUGUGGUGAAAGAACCAAUGGUUAUUGGACAUGAGUGUGCCGGAAUCAUAGAGGAGAUCGGGAGUGAAGUCAAGCAUUUAGUGCCAGGAGACCGUGUGGCUUUGGAACCAGGGAUCAGUUGCUGGAGAUGUGAUCUUUGCAAGGAAGGUCGAUACAAUCUAUGCCCCGAAAUGAAGUUUUUCGCCACCCCACCAGUUCACGGUUCUCUUGCUCAUCAGGUUGUGCAUCCUGCUGAUCUAUGCUUCAAACUGCCAGACAACGUCAGCUUGGAGGAAGGAGCCAUGUGUGAACCCUUGAGUGUUUGGGUUCACACUUGUCGACGAGCUAAUAUUGGUCCAGAAACAAAUGUGUUGGUUAUGGGGGCAGGACCUAUAGGGCUCGUUACAAUGAUGGCGGCUCGUGCUUUUGGGGCACCUAGAAUUGUCAUCGUAGAUGUAGAUGAUAAUUGACUAUCUGUUGCCCAGAAUCUCGGUGCUGAUGGGAUUGUUAAAGUUUCAACUGAUAUCCAGGAUGUACCUAAAGAAGUUGAAAAAGUAUGUAAGGUAAUGGAAGCAAGAGUGGAUGUCAGCUUUGAUUGUGCAGGCUUUAACAAAACGAUGAAAACCGCUUUGAGUGCAACUCGUGCUGGUGGCAAGGUUUGCCUUGUGGGAAUGGGCCAUAACGAGAUGACUGUGCCACUUACUCCAGCUGCUGCAAGGGAGGUUGAUGUUAUCGGAAUCUUCCGGUAUCGGAACGCAUGGCCUUUGUGCUUCGAGUUUCUAAGAAGUGGUAAGAUUGAUUUGAAACCUCUCAUAACCCACCGGUUUGGGUUUUCUCGGAAAGAAGUGGAAGAAGCUUUCGAAACCAGUGCCGGAGGCGGCAGCGCCAUCAAAGUCAUGUUUAACCUGUGACUUCCAGCAACA